UGAAUGGGGUACGCUGUUGUUGGUGCGACUGCUACUAUAUACAAGAUGUGGCCGGCGAUGCCACAUCACAGGAGAGAUAAACGACACUCACACAAUAAACGACACAAUUUACGACAAUGUCAACGACACGGGGGGCAACGGGAAGUCAGGAAGUAUUAACGACACGCCCACAAUAAACAACACAAUUAACGAGGCUGUCAACGAGACAUGGACCGAUACGAUAACAGGUAUCAACACACAGUCAGGGAAUGAACGCCAAACAAUAAACGACACGGCGGUAAUAAACGAAAUAGAGACAGUGUACACCACCACCACAUCAUGCGACAACCAGACCACAGAUAACUCAACAAUACAAAUUGACCUGGCGAAGAAAACUGACCGUCAACCAAUUAGCGAUACGGAGUCAAUUAUCGACACACCAGCAAUAAACGACACGGCCCACAGGACCAUCCCGGCACAGACGGUUGUGUCUGUGAUGCAGCGUUUGCGACAACGGUUGACGUUGGGCUACACAGGCGCCACCAAGGCAGCGGUGGCAUGUACGCGCACUCUACUGCUGGCACUCCCAUUGACAUGGGGCGGGUGUGGCUGUACGCGUGUAUGUGAGGGUGUGGGUGUGGGUGUAGGUAGGUCUGUAUACGGGCCAUGCACACACACACAGAGUUCAAACACACACUCAUACACAGGCACAUACACACAGACAUACACAGGCACAUACACAAGGCGUGAGAGAGGUGCCAUCACCCAAUGUGUGUGUGAGCUCGUACGCGUGCUGGGUACAGCGCACAUGGCGGUGGAGGACAUGCGUGUGAUGUUGGUACUGUUGGAAAACGGGGCAAGUAUCCUAAAUAGACAGGUCGAGGACAGGGCAAAUGGGGCAAGAGUCCAAAGUGGAGAUAUUGAGGGCAGGGCUGAGUGUAAAGAAGGUCUCAGUUUGGUGCAUGAGUGGUACUGGCCGUUGCUUAGUGUACUGUCGGAUAUCAACAGGUAG